AUGCGCGUUGCCGCGACUCGACUCGCCGCCGCUCCCCCUCCGAGCCGCUUCCUGCUCCUCCUGAUACUACUCGGUUCCGCGUCCCUCGCGAUCGGAGCAGCCAUGGCCGGCCACGUCCUCGGCGGCGUGAAGGAGAACCCCGCCGCCGCCAACAGCGCCGAAUCCGACGGGCUCGGCCGCUUCGCCGUCGACGAGCACAACAAGCGCGAGAACGCGCUGCUGGAGUUCGUGCGCGUGGUGGAGGCCAAGGAGCAGGUGGUGGCCGGCACGCUGCACCACCUCACGCUCGAGGCCAUCGAGGCAGGGAAGAAGAAGCUCUACGAGGCCAAGGUCUGGGUCAAGCCAUGGCUCGACUUCAAGGAGCUCCAGGAUUUCAGCCACAAAGGGGAGGCCACCACCUUCACUAACGCCGACCUCGGCGCCAAGAAAGGUGGACAUGAGCCUGGUUGGCGUGAGGUUCCUGUAGAGGAUCCUGUGGUCAAAGAUGCUGCACACCAUGCUGUGAAAUCUAUCCAAGAGAGGUCCAACUCCCUGUUUCCCUAUGAACUUCUUGAGAUCGUUCGUGCCAAGGCACAGGUUGUGGAGGACUUCGUAAAAUUUGACAUUCUGAUGAAACUGAAGAGAGGCAGCAAGGAGGAGAAGAUCAAAGCCGAGGUCCAUAAGAGCCUGGAAGGGGCUUUUGUACUAAACCAGCAUCAGCCGGCGGAGCAUGAUGAGUCGAGCAGCCAAUGA